AUGGAUAUUCCAUACCUUGUGAAGAAGCUAAAGCUUCGACUUCACUUGUUUUGGAGUAAGAUGUACUAUGAGAAUCCUGAAGAUGAUCCAAGCAUAUUAACCAGAAGGCCCAAAAAGGGAAUGCUAAUUUCUUUGAGAAAUGAGGAAUAUGCGAGUUACAUGAUGUCUCAUGAUACAAGUGAAAUACAGCAGAGGGGAGAAGAGCCCAGAAUCCCAUUAGGAGUUUUAUCAUGUGUGAAGGAAAAUGAAAGGUUCAAUUCUAAAGAGCGGGAGGAGACAAAUAAGGAAAAUCAAGAAUUUACACAAAACUUACAAGGGACACUCGCAAUAUUAAGGAAUAUAGUGGAUUAUGGUGCGGAAGAGGAAGAAAAUAACGUGAGUAGGGAAAUGUUUGAUGAGGAAGGCCUUGUUAUUGAAGAUCAAGAAAACAAAAUGGAAACAGAUGAUAUUAGCAAUAAAGAUAUAAGCGGAAAUAAUAAAAGGAAACAGGAAAUGAAUGAAAGAGAGAACGGAAAAGAAGAAGGAGAUGAGGAGGAAGAAGAAGAAGAAGAAGAAGAGGAGGAAGAUUAUGAUGAGAAUAAGGAAAAUAUUGUGCCAUUGAAUGAAAUACUUGGCCAACCAUCAAUGCUAGAUAAAUCAGAUGAUAGGAUAGGAAAAGAGAAAAAUGAGCAAGGACGAGAGAUAGGAGGAAGAAGACAUAGACUUAGAGAUAUUAUCUUUCUCAGGAUGGGCAUUUUAAAAGAGGAAAGUUCACGGGAAAGAAGUUCGAGAGGAAGAAAUUCACGAAUGACGCUUGAUUCAAAUCCAUUGGUUUCUACAGAAGAAGCAAGGAAAAAAGACAGACCACCAAUUCUAACGGCUAUGGACAUUCCAGGAAUAAUAGAGAGUCACUCGAAUAAAAAUGCAGAAAAUGACAGAAGAGGGACUUCAGCUCCAACAAGAGGAAGCCAUGGGACAAUCAGAGAAUACAGGAUUAAUGUGCUGAAAGAAAAGUCUAGAGACAAGAUGGCAUCAAUGAUUUCAACCAGAGCACCGACAUUUGGCUUUUUCCGAAAUUUGGAGCCAUCAAUAAGGUUUCCAAGCGAGAAUCCGGAAAUUUUUAAGACUGUGAUCAAUGAUGUUUCAUUGAAUGCAGCACUUAUAGCCAAUGGAAAUAGAAGACAAAGUUUGGAUGUGGAUAAAAGUAAGUUAGACGCCGGAUUGACCAAUCUGAACCAUUAUGAGCGCCUAGACCAAAACCAAGAGAUAACCCGGCAAUUGAGAGAGAAAAGAAGAUUUUCAACUGGAACAGAUCUCACGGACAUCAUCGGAAGCUAUCAAUAA